GCCUUGGAGAUGAUGUUGCCGUACGUCGGCGAGCGGGUCGUGACCCUGGAGGACCCCGCGGACGCCGCGCUGCUCGUGGAGGCCACGGGCCGCAACGCGCCCACGGCAGCCCUGCGGUCGGCCGGCAGGAGGCAGCUGGAGGCUCUGGACGCCGGAGGAUGCGUGCUUCUGGCGCGGGGGGCGGGUGCCGGCCUGGUCCCGAUGUCGGCCCUCCGCACGCAGAACGCCGUGAACCUGUACAUCAACGACCUAAUGGUCCCUGCGCUGCGCGAGGUCUGCGGGCUACCACCGCUCGCCCGCGCGGAGGAGGCGCCAGCGAGCUCGGGCGUGGCGGCCCUGCUCGCGCCGGAGCCGACGCCCUUUGCGCCGGCCGCCGCCGCCGGGGACGCCGCGGCCAGCCUGGCCCAGUACCCGCGGUACCAGCAAGCCAGCGACGGCGUGGCCGCUGCCGAGUUCCCGCUGUCGCCCUCGCAGGCGCCGCUGCAGCAGCUGCGCUCCACGAGUGCCCUGGGCGACGAGCUCGACUGCGAGUCGCCGCGGACGCCGAUCGAGCAGAAGUGGUGCUGCGACUAUAUGGACAAGGGCUGCUCUCCUCCGGCUGGCGUCAUGAUGAAUUGA